UUUUGUUCUUAUGAGAUGGUGGAUCCUAAAAGGAAAGAGCUAGGACAGAAGAACUAUCAAAAAUGUAAUGAAAAAUCGUCAUGGAGAAUCGCACCUUAUGAGCAGGGCCAAUGUAUUUUGGAGAAGCAAAUUAUCCAAAACUGUUUUGGCAAGCCAGCCUGGAGGGUUCAACAGGUACCCCUGACCCCGAUUGACGGGACACAGCUCCGCCAUCCAGACCAGCCAACCAUAGGAAAAGUGCAGCAGGGCAGUUACAAAGUUAGACACGAUCUGCGACACACACACAGCUCAGUCUUCCUGCACAACAUGGACGGUGCCCUAAAGGCUUUGCUGCUGGCAGCCCUGAUUCUUCUGGUUUCUGCCCAGACAUCUGAUAACUACAGAAACUUGAAUGGUUUAGUGAGAAAACACGUUGACAAAGCGCUGAAAAAGGCAAACCAAGACUUUGGAGCGGGUUAUCAUAUUGCUUUUCAUUCACUCAUCACAACUCCAAUGACUAGAGAGAGCAUCCUGAACGUAAAUGUCCUUCUGAAAGUCACAACAUGCAAGAAGACUUCAAAUGAUGCAUAUGAGCACCGAGAUGAAUGUAAUGAACAAAAAGAAAAAACGCCCGUGAUUGACUGUCUUGUGUGUAAGGCGAAUGAUGGUAAUGAACUGGUUGACUGUGCCAAGAAGAUUGAUGUCAUUAAUAAAAAGAACACUAAAAUUCGAGGCAAAUGUAUUGAUCAUUUCACUGGAGGAUCAGACAUUUUGACGUCGAAAUUGUCUGAGGAUGAUGAGCAGAGUUGAUGUCUCAGAUGUGUGUGAAGCUGCACAAAUCACAACAGCACAAAUUAAAGGGAUAAAGGAUAUUUAAAAAAUCUAACCAUUUUUAAUCUGGGCACUGAAAUAGUUAAUAUAGUAGCAAAUAAUUAUUAAUUUUUUUAAAUAACCACAUUUUGUUGAAUUAGAAGUGAAAAGUGAUCUGAUUAAAUAGAGAAUUUGGGUUCAGGUCUUCACUGUUAUAAAAGGAAAUGUAGUGAUGGGCAAAGAUUUACUUUAUGAAACCGUGAUUACACACAUUAAUAAAUAAAGCACAUUUAAGAGGA